GGCACAAGCCAAGCUCAGGCAAGCAGGCGGCACCUCAGCUAGCCAACAGCAACCAACAGAUGGCCUCCUCCGGCUACCUCAGAGCGGCCAGCGGCGCCACUCGCAGCCGCCAGACGCUCCUCCUCCGGCAGCGCCCCGCUGCUCCGGCCACAAGCGCGACACCGAGCGCGCUCGUCGCUUCCUCAGCGACGCGGCACGCGUCGACAGUCCCCAACCCGCCGCCCGGGGCGGAACCUUUGCCAGAGGACGCGCCGCGGCAGACACCGCCGAGGCUCGGGGAGCCGGACCCCGUGGGACCUCCCACGCCGACGCCCAAGGAGAAGAUAACCGGCACACCGCCGUCGGAGGAGGAUGACGGUGGGCUACCCGGCGGAAUGCCGGACACGACCCCGCCACCGGACGUGCCGUUACCCCCUGCCUCGCCCGAUGGUAGCACCGUCUAGCUCGUUCGGUCCGUCUGUGCGUGCUUGCUGCGUAGCUUUUUUUGUUCUUUUGGAUCACUUGAUGCGUAGCUUUUGCAUACGGUGUCAGUGUGUACAUACAUGUUGCAGUGGAGUACGUUCUACCUUUUUCA